GCUGAUAACGCGUGGGGCUAACUCCAAUAAUUAUGGAGAAAGCCACUUGCAAGGGCUGUCUGCUGAGUUUUCACAGUUGCAGAGUGGAUGGUUUAAAAGUAGCUGCAUCUGAUGUUCAAAAGGAGGAGUGAAUUUACUUGCAAAAUCGAGCCAACAUUCAAGAACCUUUGAGCAUUCCAAUUCCUAAAGUAAGUGCAAGCGAUCCUGAUGGGAGACUCCAAUUACUCCCAACAGCUCUUAGACCACCAGGAAACUCUUCCGACCACCAAGGCCGCCAGUGCAAGUCAAAACCACAAAAAGCUAUCUAUCAUCCCCUUCAUCUUCCUCAUCUACUUCGAGGUCUACGGGGGAGCAUAUGGUGCAGAGGCAGCAGUGGGUGCCGCUGGGCCCCUUUGUUCCAUAUUGGGGUUCCUCAUUUUCCCUUUCCUAUGGAGCAUACCUGAGGCAUUGAUCACAGCUGAGCUUGCGACCACCUUCCCCGGUAACGGCGGCUACGUCAUCUGGGCUCACCAGGCUUUUGGACCAUUCUGGGGUUUACUUAUUGGUUCCUGGAAAUUCGUCAGUGGAGUCAUCAACCUCGCCUCAUGCUCAGUUCUUUGUAUCGAGUAUAUUAAGUUAGUUCUCCCACUUUUCUCUUGUGGGGCAUCACGAUACUUUGCAGUAGUGUCAUUAGCUUUGGUUUUAUCUUUCUUAAACUACACAGGCUUGGUUGUAGUUGGUUACACUGCAAUACUUUUAGGUAUUUUUUCACUUCUACCAUUCAUAUUGUUGGCUUUGAUUUCAAUUCCCAAUAUUGAUCCAAGUAGAUGGAUCAGUUUGAAUGAGGACCGAGUUAAAACCGAUUGGUCAUUGUUUUUCAAUACCCUUUUUUGGAACCUGAAUUUCUGGGACAAUGCCAGUUCUUUAGCAGGUGAAGUGGAUCGACCCCAAAAGACAUUCCCUAAAGCUCUUUUCUUAGCCGGGCUGCUCACUUGUUUAGCUUACCUGGUGCCACUUUUAGCCGCUACUGGGGCUAUGCCACUAAAGCAAGAAAAUUAGGUCAAUGGCUAUUUUGCCGAUGUAGCCCAAAUCGUUGCAGGCAAGUGGUUAAUGAUCUUCCUUGAAAGUGGUGCAGUUUUAUCGAGUAUUGGAUUCUAUGAAGCACAACUCACUAGUUGCGCAUAUCAGCUUCUUGGAAUGGCUGAUUUAGGGGUAUUGCCUCAGUGUUUCUCGGUGAGAUCCAAGUGGUUUAACACACCUUGGUUAGGGAUUUUGGUCUCAACUUUGAUAACUGUAGCAGUUUCUUCUAUGAACUUUGCAGACUUAAUUUCUUCAAUUAAUUUCUUGUAUAGCUUAGCGAUGUUACUAGAAUUUGCAUCUUUCCUUUGGUUGAGGAGAAAAUUGCCAAUGAUGGAAAGGCCUUUUAGAGUGCCACUGGAGUUCCCUGGUUUGACUAUGAUGUGCUUGAUUCCUUCUGGAUUUUUGGUCUAUAUUAUGUCGCUGGCUAAUGGAACUGUGCUUUUGGUGAGUUCUGUAGUGAGCGCUCUUACUACUUUAUGGUACUUUAUGACGAAUCAUUUCUGCAAGUCCAACAUGUGGACCCACUUUAAAAAUGUUGGACCAAAAUUGAUGGAUCAGGAUUUGGAGUAGGCUGGCUGAUUAAGAUUGCAGUUAAUUAGUUUGAAAAGUGAUUACCUAUCUGAAUUUGAUAAAUCUUUGCAGCUAACAGUGGCAAAAUGUGAAUUGAAAUUGUUAAAAAUCAUGUUGGCUUCGUUUAUUCAUAAAUAUAUUUAUGGGUUAAUAAAGUA